AAGACAGACUGAGGUGGGUGUCUUCCCAACUUGACUCAGACCUGAGGGCCCCCUCAUAUGCAUCCAGGAUAGAAAACACUCCAGGCUGGACUGAAGCUGAGUGUAGCUUCCCUGUUGUCUUGGCAACCUGUCUAACAAGAGAGAAAGAAGGAAAGAGAAAAGGAGAGCAGGAGAGAAGAGGUAAGGAGAGGAGAGAAGCCGGGUGUGAAUGGAUGAGCUCCCCGUGUGUGGCGCCAGGCAGUCUGCCCGGCGGGGCGACUCAAUAGGCUGCAGUGAAGGAGGAUGCGGAGAGUGGACGCGUCCCCGAGAGCGGAGGAAUGUAGAGGCACAAAAACACACAGCUGGAGGAAGGAAUGGCAAGGAGGCUCCGCCAGUUCAGCCCACCCCCUCACCUCCCGCAGAGAUUUACAGUCAAGGUGGUUCGGCUCGGGAUCAUCCGUCAGAGGGGUGAUCGAUACAAGUGUGGCUGUGCGUAAUUACGCAUCAAUAAGGACGGCACUCCUCCGCUGAUCAGCCUUGCAGCCCGCCGCGGCGCACACAGAAUGGGACACGCCUUUUCUCGGCUCCGUUGUGGGGUCGGUGGGCAGCGGGCUGCUGGUGAUUGACCAGCUUCUCUCCCUCAUCUGUCAGCCGAUUGGCUUGGCGCCUCCCCUCUUCUGUAUAAAUGUAGGAAAUCUAUUCACCCCUUUCACACCGAGCCUACUGAAACAAGAGGAACCGUGAGGCUUCACGGGAUGUGUUGACACACUCGAAUUUCGUCUUCUGGUCUGUCCUAUUCUGUCGCUAAUUUUCGGCAGUAUUAUAAUAGCUUUUGUAUUCUUUAUUGCGUCGUGGUAUUAUCUUUUAUCCUGCUGCUACUACAGUGGUUAUUUUUUUCGUUGCCUAUCUCGAGCUGUUGGUUACCUAAGAUGAAGGCUGUUACUCCAGUCCGCCCCCAGGACUCCUCCUCCAGCAGCGGCGAGUUCUCCCUGCACUAUCUGUCGAAGCAGAGCGUCAACAUCGCCCGGUGCAGGAUGGAAGAGGAGGACCUGUUCUGCCUGCAGUACGACAUGAACGACUGCUACAGCCGGCUGAAGCGCCUGGUGCCGACCAUUCCGCAGGAUAAGAAAGUCAGCAAAGUGGAGAUUCUCCAGCAUGUCAUAGACUACAUCCUGGACCUGCAGCUGGCCCUGGAGACGCACCCUUCUCUCCAUAAACACCAGCCACAGUGGACCGGGACCUGCCCUCCUCCAGCCUCCAACCCAAGCCGGACACCGCUGACGGUGCUUAACGUUGACCACCAUCAGAGGACGUCAAUAGUGAAAAAGCCGGAGGACUCUAUUUUAUGCCGCUGAGAUAGAAGCACUGCACUGGUGUGCAGGCAGCACAGAGCCGCUCCAAAGCCAGCAAAGCUUCGCCAGGGACUCACACCCAACUGGAGGCACAAUCACAAGGGGAUUUCAAAACCGCUGGGAGGAAUUCAACCCAAAUAAAAUCACCACUCAGAUCAGUUUUUUUUUUGUUCUGUUGAACAAGGAAUCCAUAUGUACACACAUCCUUCUUUUCCCUCUUUUUUAAGUUGCCCCAACUUUAAUUCUUGUCAUAUAAAGUUUUUUUUUAAAAGAGAGAAAAUAUGGAAUCCCUUCGCUGAGGAGUUUUUGUUUGACACCUGUACGUCAACAGCUAUGAACACUGUUUGUGAUUUGUGCUUAGUGAAAAACUAAAAAUGACUCCAGUUUAAAGCUUUACUAAACUGCGAAAAUUAUUGUACAUUUUGGACAUCUAUUGUUUAAAAUAGAUGAUUUGUGUUGAACAGGGAAGUCAUCCCUGGAAUCUUAAAAUGUUUGAUACUGUAUAAAAGAACAAUUCUGAUUCGAGACAAUUAAGAUUGUACAUAUAGAGACACAAAUGUUCUAUAAAAGUAUGUGAAAGGAAGACUUAUAUGCUUAAAAUAGACUAUUGUAAUUUUAAGAUAUUUUUAUUAAAAACCUUUUUUGUUGUAAUGUAAAUAUUGUGUUUCCACCUUUAAGUCUUUAGUGAAUGACCGUGGUUAUGCUCUGUUGAUAAUGUCCUCACAUGAUGAUAUCAGUGAACUCUUUGCAGUGUUUUUGAAAUAGUUUCAUAUGUAGCAUGUCAGGCUCAUUGCAGAGAUAUUGAAUGUGCACUGAAGCAGCUCUCCCUGUGUACAUAUGUGCUGGAGUUCAACACCACUUCUUUUAUUCUUUGCCCUGCUUCUUAGCUUUCUCUGGAAUUGUUUUGUACUCAUUAACUUCAAGUUUGACCCGCCUGCAGCAGUGGGGUGCUCUGCUGUGUGAUGUUUUUUAAAAAGGCCUGAUUUGACUCUGUUACACUGCACUUGUGUUAAAAUAACCACCCUGACAGUUACAGCAUCUUUGACAGUGUUAACAUGAUGUACCUGAAACAAAUCUCUACAAAAGUAUCUGUCUUAAAUUUGUGCGGUCGGAGCUUUUCUUUGGGAAGUUAAUGAUUGACUCCAUGACUUCAUCAAACUUUGGUUAUGAAUUGAUGAAAUUUGUGAACAUUAACAGAGUUCUUUUGAAAACCAACUAAUUGUACUUCAACGAGGAAUGUCUUCAAUCAAACAUUGAAUGACUUCGCUGCUGAGUCAGCAACCAUUGUUAAUGUAAAGGAGAAAGAAAGCCUUUAUUUUUCACAACAUUGAACACCGAAUUUACCUCACCGCCCUCCUGCCAGUGUGAGAGGGCACCUGUACAUUAAUGUCAGCCGCACUGUUGAACUUAACCUUCACUGGCUUGUGAGGAGUUGUCAAAAUAAUUAAAGUUUCCAGGAAGAAC